GGAAGAUGGGAUGGCCGCAGAUGGGGCAGAUUAGAGAUAGGCAAAUACCUGAUCUAGCUCCCCAUCUGGGCCUGUGAGUGAGGAUGGCCAGGCCUCUGGAACAGGCGGUGGCUGCCAUCGUGUGCACCUUCCGAGAAUAUGCGGGGCGCUGUGGGGACAAGCACAAGCUCUGCCAGGCAGAGCUCAAGGAGCUGCUACAGAAGGAGCUGCCCACCUGGACCCCGACUGAGUUCCGGGAGUGUGACUACAAUAAAUUCAUGAGCGUUCUGGACACCAACAAAGACUGCGAGGUGGACUUUGCUGAGUAUGUGCGCUCCCUUGCCUGCGUCUGCACCUACUGCCACGACUACUUCAAGGACUGCCCCCCGGAGCCUCCCUGCUCCCAGUAG